AUGGACAUGGAUAUGGACAUGGAUGCUAUCCAUCACCUUGACUUCUCCGGACACAGCAGUACCCUCACCAACACCCCUACUUCCGACGAUGGUUAUGGUUGCAAGUGGAACCACUGGUCCCCCAUCGUCAACUGGGAUACCUUCACGGGUGCCCCGGAUGACUUUCACCACCUCAUGGACACCAUCAUCGACGACAGAACCACCGUUCUCGACCAGCUCAGUCCAACCACAACUACGACCACAACCACAACCACCGAUGAAGAAGAAGAAACAGAAACCACAACCACCACCACAACAACAGAAACAACACAAACAGUUGGCGUUGGCGAUGACUUAAAGGGGCUAAAACUAGUGCACCUAUUGAUGGCUGGCGCGGAAGCUUUAACCGGCUCCACCAAAAGCCGCGACUUAGCUCGAGUGAUAUUGGUUCGGCUCAAGGAGUUGGUUUCACAACAAGCUAACGGCUCCAACAUGGAAAGACUCGCCGCUUAUUUCACCGAAGCCCUUCACGGACUACUAGAAGGCGCUGGGGGUGCGCACAACAACAACAACAAACAUUACCUCACCACUAGCGGUCCCCACGACAACCAAAACGACACACUCGCUGCUUUCCAACUACUUCAAGACAUGUCCCCUUACGUCAAGUUCGGCCACUUCACCGCUAAUCAGGCCAUACUUGAAUCCGUGGCCCACGAACGCCGCGUCCAUGUCAUCGACUAUGACAUCAUGGAAGGGGUCCAAUGGGCUUCACUAAUCCAAGCCCUAGCUUCCAGCAACAACAGUCCGCAUCUCCGGAUCACCGCAUUAUCACGAACCGGAACAGGACGGAGAUCGAUUGCCACCGUACAAGAAACCGGCCGCCGUUUAACCUCUUUUGCAGCUUCCCUCGGCCAGCCGUUUUCUUUUCACCACUGCAGGUUAGACUCCGACGAAACUUUCCGUCCUUCUUCUUUGAAGCUUGUUCGAGGAGAGGCUUUGGUUUUCAAUUGCAUGCUGAAUUUGCCUCAUCUUAGUUACCGUGCACCUGAUUCGGUUGCUUCUUUUUUAAACGGAGCAAAGGCUUUACACCCGAAGCUCGUGACGUUGGUGGAGGAGGAAAAUGGAUCUGUUGUCGGUGGAUUCGUGGAGCGGUUCAUGGACUCGCUUCAUCAUUACUCAGCGGUGUUUGAUUCGUUAGAGGCUGGUUUUCCGAUGCAGAACCGAGCCAGGGCUUUGGUGGAGCGAGUGUUUUUCGGGCCUCGAAUUGCGGGUUCUUUGGGUCGGAUAUAUAGAACAGGCGGAGAUGAGGAGAGAAGGUCGUGGGGGGAGUGGUUAGGUGCGGCGGGGUUUAGAGGAGUUCCGGUAAGCUUUGCGAAUCAUUGCCAAGCGAAGCUGUUGUUGGGUCUUUUCAACGAUGGGUAUAAGGUAGAAGAGGUGGGUGUGGGUAGUAAUAAGUUGGUGUUGGAUUGGAAAACAAGGCGGUUGCUUUCUGCAUCCGUUUGGACUUGUUCUUCAGAUUCUGAUUCAUAG